GACACGAUGACGACCCUGGACGACAAGCUGUUGGGAGAGAAGAGCCAAUACUACUACAGCAGCAGCAGCGAUGACGAGGACAGCGAUCAGGAUGGGAACGGGCGUCAGGGCUCGGUCAGAGAAUCGGAGGGGGGCAAAGAGGAGGGAGCCGUCAAUACCGGUCCGAAAGGCGUCAUCAAUGACUGGCGGCGGUACAAACAGAUGGAGACGGAGCAGAACGAGGAGCAGCGCCGGGAGAUGGAGCAGCUCAUUAAGAGGCUUUCCAUGACUUGUAAAUCGCAUCUGGACGAGGAGAAGGAGAAAUGCCUUUCCAUUUGUAAACGUCUCCACUUCCUGUUGCAGAUGACGACGCAGGAGUACAACAUGCUGAACGACGAGGAGGACGAGGAGUUCCUCCAGCAGUACCGGAAGCAGCGGAUCGAGGAGAUGAAGAAGCAGCUCUGCCCGGCCCAGCUCUUCAAGGUGGUCUUCGACAUCGGCAGCGGGGAGGAAUUCCUCGACGUCAUCGACCAGGAACAGAAACACGUGCAGGUGAUCGUCCUGAUCUACGAGGAGCGCGUCCCCGGGGCGGAGGCCGCCAACGGCAGCAUGAUCUGCCUGGCGGCCGAGUACCCCGGGGUCAAGUUCUGCCGGGUGAAAAGCUCCCUGCUGGCCACGAGCGCCAGAUUCACCGCGAACGCCCUGCCGGCCCUGCUGGUGUACAAAGCCGGGGAGCUGAUCGGGAACUUCGUGCGCAUCACCGACCAGCUCGGGGACGACUUCUUCGCCGUCGACCUGCAGGCGUUUCUGCAGGAGUACAGCUUUUUGCCCGACAAGGACAAGGUGCGCGCGGCGAUCCAAAACCCCGCCGUGCAGGGCUACGACAGCGACGACAGCGACUUGGAGAUAGACUGA